GCAAUUUUAUUUAGUCUGAAUCCGUAUGCAUGUGUCACUUCAACAUGUUCAUAUUUUGAUAACUCAUAUGAGCUCAUUGACUGAUUUUUAUUUAAUUUGGUGGAAUGUACAAACAUAUAUUGGCAAUGUAACGCCAGCGAGUCAGAACGUGGGCAUGAUCGAUAUCUCAAUUGACUUAUCGGUUAUUUCAUGAAAUCUUCGCCUAAUAACAUGACAGGUUUAAAAAAUGUCAGAAAUUAUUGUUCAAAAUAACUCUAAAGACAAAUGCUUUUCAUUUGGGUCGCUUUUUGUUGGCUCCACAGGUGGAGCUGCGCUGGGUUAUUUGACAAAGGUUUUUGAUCCAAAGAAACCCGUUGACAAGAUGACGAUUGCGAUGACGUCCGACUCUUUCAGGAACAACAGAUAUUUAAAACCAUUGCAGAACAUCCAAUUAGGUGGUAAUUUCUAUUGGAGGGUGGGUGGCCAAGUUGUUGGAGCCAUGGUCCUAUACAGCUACCUCGAAUGCAAAUUCCAGGGGGGCUGGUCGAAAAGGAGUCUAGUUGAUUGCAUGUUUGCUGGUGCUAUCACCGGGGGUGCUUUUGCAUUGAGUGGCGUCCCACUUGGUGGUGGAAGUUUAAAGACUGGAGCAGCGUUGGGUGCAGGAGGGUUUGCAGCAUAUGCCGGUAUAAUGUAUUUACUAUUUAGGAGAACUUCUUAGAUUGACGAGCAACUAAUUUUAGAGCAAACCUUUUUUCUGAUAAAGACAAUAUUGUAUGAUUUUAAUAUGAAAACACUUCUGAAAUAAAUGCAA